ACAGAAGUAAGGGCCGGGGGAGAUCUGAAGUACACAGGAGAUCAGGCAUUGACUUGAGUGAAUAGUUGGCAAAAUGGGAUUAAAAUGGAUGAGUUUGAUCUUAGGGUUUUUAGCAAUCCAGUUUCUGGGUGGGCUUCUUUGCAUGGCUAGAGGCGAUGUCCUUCAUUAUGAUUUUGUUCUAAAAGAAACAAAUUUUACAAGGCUGUGCAGCACAAAGAGCAUUCUGACUGUAAAUGGCAGCUUUCCAGGACCAACGAUUCAAGUUCACAGGGGAGAUACAGUGUUCGUUAAUGUCCACAACCAGGGCUUAUAUGGGGUCACCAUUCACUGGCACGGAGUAAGACAGCCGAGGAAUCCUUGGUCGGAUGGGCCGGAGAACAUUACCCAGUGCCCAAUUCAACCGGGAACAAACUUCACAUAUGAGGUCAUAUUUAGUACAGAAGAAGGAACCCUUUGGUGGCAUGCCCAUAGUGACUGGUCACGUGCCACCGUUCACGGUGCUAUUAUUAUUCUACCAACUCCGGCGACAACUUAUCCAUUUCCAAAGCCUUAUGCACAAGAAACAAUUGUACUCGGUAUACCAUUUGUAACAACCCAUCCCCAAUGACACAAUAUUGUCCGCUUUUAGCUCCCCUCGAAUCAGACUUUGCAAGAGGUUAUCCAUCCUUGUACUACUCUCGUAGAAACACGCUUAACUGCGGAGUUCUGAUAGGUUCAUGGUCAUCAUGGCUUUAAAACGCGUUGUGUCAAGAAGGGUGUAUUUAUAGAUAUAACCACAUCCACAUUCUCAGGCGAACGUCACACUUUUUGUCCGAGCAAACGAGAUAGGGAGAUAAAAGAGACGGAUAGAGAGACCUACCCAUGGAAGAGAGAGAAACAGAGAGCUUGAGGCAGACGUGUGGUAGGCUAGCCACCGUUUGGGGUGGACGACGGUGCCUGGGCCGGUGGGUCACGGCCCAGCGCCGAUGAAGCCAGGGAGCUUCGAUUUCGACGUUUUAUCAGUACCCAAACAAUAAAUCCUUUCUCUUUUUUUUUUUUUUUUUUUUUGGGUAAGUGAAAUUCUUAGGUUUGAUUUACAUUUUGUGUUUGUUUUGGGUUUGGAUUGUGAUGAUUCACGGCUAAAAGAAUGGGUUGUGAAACUUUUUUGGUUUGAUUUGUGAAGGAUUUUUAGAGAAACUGAAUGGGCAUUGUAACACACGGUAGAAUG